AUGAGAAUAACUGUCGAUAUGAUAAAUGAUGCAUAUCAAACAAAAAAUCCAGCUAACGAAAACACUAUAUCGUUAAGAGGAAAUAAAAUAACGGUUAUUGAAAAUUUAGGGGUCACGAAAGACUAUUUCGAAUGCAUAGACCUUAGUGAUAAUGAAAUAAUUAAAUUAAAUAACAUCCCAUAUUUACAAAGAUUAAAAACGUUAAUAUUAUGUAACAACAAAAUAGCCAGGAUUGAUAAUGAUGUGUUUGAAAAUAUACCAAAUUUGAAUUCUCUAGUUUUAACAAAUAAUAAGAUAGAAAAAUUAGCAGAUCUCAAUUCUCUCUUUAAGGCCAAAAACUUAACAAGACUUAGUUUGUUAGAAAAUGCCGUAUGCAAAUUAGAAAGUUAUCGUGAGUACGUAAUAUACAAUUUACCAUCCUUGAGGUACUUAGAUUUUAAAAAAAUAAAAACGAAAGAUCGAGAAGCUGCAGCAGAAGCGAUGAAGAAUUUCAACCAAGAUAACAAAGAAUAUAUUCAGUCUACCUAA